AAUACAAAAAUCAGAAUAAGAACAGUAUGUUUAGAUUUAGAUGACAAAAAUAAAAAAAAAAUAAUCAACGUUUUUUAUGUCAAGUAAAAAAAUAAAAAUUGUUGAUUUUAUUAAACAAAAUUAUUCGAUUAGAUAAAUUAGUAAAAUUACAAAAAUGGAAUCCAAAGAAAAUAUAUUGAAGACAUACUCAUCAAAUGAACAAAUAAAAACUGCAUUUGCUGGCGGUUUAUCUGGUGCUAUUACACGCUUUGCUUCACAACCACUAGAUGUUCUUAAAAUACGUUUUCAACUACAAAUAGAACCUUUAGGACAUAAAAAAGCAGAUAUUAAUUCAAAAUAUAAAUCAAUUCCGCAUGCUGUUAAAUUAAUAUAUAAAGAAGAAGGUUUAUUAGCUUUCUGGAAAGGUCAUAAUCCAGCACAAAUAUUAAGUAUAAUAUAUGGCGUAACGCAAUUUUGGUCAUAUGAGCAAUUACAUUUAUUAGCAAAACAAAUUAAUUAUUUAAAAGAUUCACCAAAUUUAAGCAAUUUUGUAAGUGGAGCUGGUGCAGGAGGUUUUGCUAUAUUAUUAUCGACACCAUUUGAUGUAAUUAGAACGCGUCUAAUAGCUCAAGAUGAACAAAAGGGUUAUAGAAAUGCUACAAUUGCUGUUGGUAAUAUUAUAAAAAGUGAAGGUGUUAGGGGUUUAUAUAGAGGAAUGUCAUCGGCACUUUGUCAAAUUAUGCCAUUAAUGGGAUCCAAUUUUAUGUUAUAUAGAUUUUCUAGUGGAUUUGUUGCCAAAGGUUUAAAGUUAGAAGAUAGGAGAUUACUUCCAACAUGGGCUUUGUUAUUGAUGGGAGCUUGGAGUGGUACUAUGUCAAAAACAUUAGUUUAUCCAUUCGAUUUAGUUAAAAAGCGACUUCAAAUACAAGGUUUUGGUUUGCAUCGUAAAACUUUUGGUAAACACAUUGUUACAUCUGGGAUAUUACAUUGUAUGAAAACCACAAUAAAAGAAGAGGGUAUACGUGGGUUAUAUAAAGGAAUGGUGCCAACUUUAAUGAAAUCUGGUUAUACAACAGCUAUUCAUUUUUGUGUUUAUGACAAAAUUAGUAAACUGAUUAAUUAAAAAAAGAACAAAUUUCUGUAAUAUUUUUAUAAACAUUUUUUAAGUGUAACCUGAAUUAGUUAUUUAAAAAUUUUGAAAUUAUAAUUUGUUGUAUUUUGAACUGCACAAAUUUUUGUAUUAAGUAUGUAGGUACAUACUUAGGUGUAUAUUUAGGUUAGUACAUCAUAAAUUAUUUCUGUCAUAAUUCAAAAAAUUAUUUUAUGCUCAUCUACUAGGUAAAUGAUAGACAUAUGCACAUAUCAAACUACCAACUUCUAUAAAAUUUAGUUUGGUAACCUAAGUACAUUCCUACAUGCUUAUGUAUGAAAACAAAUUUCCAAUCAAAAAUAUGUAAAUUAAUUUUAUUUAAAUAUCGAAGUACAUGCUGAAUAUAAACUUCUUUUUCA